AUGGCCUUCCUGUGGAUCCUCUCCUGCCUAGCCUUUGUGGGUGCUGCCUAUGGCUGUGGAACUCCCGCCAUCCCCCCGGUGGUGAGCGGCUAUUCCCGCAUUGUGAAUGGGGAGGAGGCCGUGCCCCAUUCCUGGCCCUGGCAGGUGUCUCUACAGGACUACACCGGAUUCCACUUCUGUGGCGCGUCCCUGAUCAGCGAGUUCUGGGUUGUCACAGCUGCUCACUGCGGCGUGAGAACUUCUCACCGUGUCAUCCUCGGGGAACACGAUCGCUCCUCCAACGCCGAGAGCAUCCAGACCAUGAGGAUCGCCAAGGUCUUCAAGCACCCCCGCUACAAUGGCUACACCAUCAACAACGAUAUCACCCUGAUCAAGCUGUCCAGCCCUGCUCAGUUGACCCCCCGUGUGUCUCCUGUGUGUUUGGCUGAGACCGGUGACAUCUUUCCCGGUGGCAUGAUGUGUGUCACCUCUGGCUGGGGCCUGACCAGGCACAACGCGGCCGACACCCCUGCCCUGCUGCAGCAGGCUGCCCUGCCCCUGCUGACCAACACCGACUGCAAGCGCUACUGGGGAAACAAGAUCACCGACCUGAUGGUCUGCGCUGGAGCCUCUGGAGCUUCCUCCUGCAUGGGUGACUCUGGUGGGCCUCUGGUCUGUCAGAGGUCAGGUGCCUGGACCCUGGUCGGUAUUGUGUCCUGGGGCAGUGGCACCUGCUCUCCUAGCUCUCCCGGGGUGUAUGCCCGUGUCACUGAGCUCCGUGCUUGGGUGGACCAGACCAUCGCUGCCAAUUAA